AUGCAAAAAAUAUGGGAAUGGAUAGUGGAUAAGAAAACAAAUACAAUCAGAAAAUGGCGAUCGAAUUUGAUAAGAAGGAGUGAAACGGAACCAGAUGAUUUGAGUGGUAUGUGAUUUUUGGGACAUUUUCCGGGGUCCCCGGGAUCCCAAAAAUUGAUUGUUCAAUGGAGCAACUUUUCUUCAGCUGAUUGAAAAUUGGAAAACGGAAAAAUACUCAUAGAAAAUUUGAAACAGUAGAUUUUUUUUUCUGAAAAAAAAUUCUGCAAAUUUUUUUUAUAAAAAUCUACUGUUUCAAAGUUUAUGUAUAUCUUUGCAAAAAAUAAACUGUAUUAAUUUGAUUCAAUUUCAUCUCGUAGUAGUUUGGAUUUUUUCUAUGCUGAAAAGAAAUGUGAAACUUUUCUCAACUUGAAUUUUUUUUAGAAAUUCAAAACUUGUGUUUGAUAAUUCAUUUUCUACAAAUCCAAAAAAAAUCCACUGUUUCAAAUUUUAUACAUUUAUUUCAGCACAAGAUUUGAAAUUUAAACAUCUCUUUUGUUGAAAAAUGUUUUCUGAGCAAAAUGGGUCUCAAAAAUCGCGGAUUUUUUGAACCUAGAAUCGUUCUAAACUAAAAUGUCAUGCUGAAAACAAUCAUAAACACCUCAAAUUCAAUUUCAGCACUUCGAAAUGGCAAACGAAAAUCGUAUUCAACAGGCAGUAUCGUUUCCUCAACAAGCACCUCAAAAAAACUGUCAGAUUUCGAGAAUUUUUUUGAAGAACCUCAAGUCAAAGAUUUAUUGGAUUCUCGUCGCGAAUCAUUUCUUCGACACUCGAAUUCAGCCGAAAUAUUUCCAGUUGCUCCGCCCGAUAUUGAAGCAAAACUCGAAAAGUUUGUUGUUUACAAGAAUUUUGAGAAAAAAACGAGAGACUUGUUUUUGUCACUUAAUUGUUCUAUUUUUUCGUUUUUCGUUGAGAAAAAAGUCUUGAGGUGAUAAGAGCUUUCGGCGUUUUUAUUUGAUCUUGUUAGUCGUUUUUGCUCAAGUGAGUGAGAAAUUCUGGGAUACUGUAGAUUUUUAGCUGGGAAAACUUCUCUGGCAAUUUUUUUUUAUCUCAAACUAUUGUUUAAAGCUCAAAUUUUGUGCUGAAAAAUCUGGAAACACUUAAAAUUUAAAAAAAAUCAAGUUUUCUGUGAUUUCCAGCACAAAAUUUGGGUCUAAAACAAGAAUUUCGAGCUCCUGGACUUUUUUCCAGCAGAUCUACAGAAUUGGGGAAUUUUUAUCUAGAAAGUUCAUGAUGCUCAAAAUGAUGUAACUGAUUGAAAUUUCGUGCUGAAGCCUGUAGAAAUACUUAAAAUCGCUUAAUCUCGAGGCUUUAGUGAUUUUCAGAAAAAUUUUGGGUAUGAAACAAGAAGUUGAAGCUUCUUGAACAUUUUUCAGUUGAUCUACAAAAUUUUGAAAUUUUUUUCAAGGUAGUUUCAAAAGCUCUAAAUAAUAUUCAAGACUCAAAAGUUGUGCUGAAAAUCAUGGAAAACUCAAUUUCCAGAAUUUCUGAGUAUUUCCAGAUUUUUCAGCACAAAAUUUGAGUCCGAACAAGAUUCUUCUCCAGCCUUUGGCACUUUUUAAGAAAUUCGAAAUUUUUGUUGAAAAAUUUAUGAGCAAAAAUCACAAGUCCGGAAACGUUUUCUAAUUUUAUCCAAUGUUUCUUUGGCUUCCUGAAAUUAAUGAAAUCCUAUUAAUUUUUGCUUCCCAUAGAAAUUAUCAUCACUUUAUUUAUCACUUCCCUCCCCAAAAAAAACUCUAAAGUUUAAUCUCACUAAUAGGAUUAUCAACGUUUUUUCCCUUUAAAAAAUAAUUUUUUUUAUCUUCAUCUUCUUCUUCAGAGAAAAUGUUUAUUUUUGUCAGAAAAUCUCCUCGUGCAACUCCUCGAACUUCACGAAAACAACUUCGAUUUGAUAUUCCGGAGGUUUGUUGGGAAAAUAGAGAAAAAGGAAAAAAAAUAGGGGAAGGGAUUAACUUUCUCACUUUUUUUGAGACCCAAAUUUUUCAUUUUGGGAAUUUUUGUGAGAAAGUUUAUGGGAAAAUCUCAAAUUUUGUGCUGAAAAAGCUGUAAAUAAUUCGAAUUUCGGAUUUUCAGCAUAAAAUUUCACAAGGUAUCUUCCGAUAAUAAUAAUAAAAAAUAUAUCGAAAAAUAUUCAUGUAAAAUUUGAAACAGUAGGUUUUAUUCACAAUAAUGUUUUCCAACAAAUUUGGUUCCAAAACUUUUCGAGACUCAAAUUUUGUGCUGAAAAUCAUAGAAAAUCUUAAUUUUUCCAAUUUUCCAGGUUCAAAUCUCAUUUGAAACCAACGAACCGCGUCGUGUCACAUUCGAAGGUGUUUCUUCAAUAGUUCCAGAACCAGAAAUCGAUUGGACUUCAAGUUUGCCAAAAAUGGAAACUGUGCCAGAAAUUGAGCCUGUAAGAUUCUUUCAAAAAAUGAUUUAUUAUUUUUAUAUAUGUGAAAAAUAAUCGUUGAGCAAGUGAAUUCUUGAGCAUUUUUCGAGCCAACACGCGACUUUUUCACUCUGAUUUUUGAAUAAUUUAUUCAUCUCGUUCUUUUUUUGAUUCGAAAAUAACAUCAUCGUCACGUAUUCCGAAAUUAUUUAUAUUCCAAGAAAAAAUUCAGUUUUUUUGUAGGUUUUAUGUUUUGACGACGAAGUGACAAUGUCAUCGAGAAGAAUGUCAGCGAGUGAAAAAGCACGGCAAAAUGUGAUGGCACAGAGAAGACAGAGUAAUGUUCAGGUUAGUUUUUUUGUAGUUCAAAUUUUGUGCUGAAAAAAAGCUGGAAAUUAGAAUUUCAGAAAAUCAAGUUUUUCGUUGUUUUCAGCAUAAAUUUUUAGUCUAGAACAAUUUUUCAGCUUCUGAAAGUUUCUAAAAAAAAUUCCGAAAUUUUCUAGAUCAGCUGAAAAAAAUUCAAGAAGCUCGAAAUUUUGCGCUGAAACUCACAGAGUUACUGAAAAUUGUCCAAAGUUCAAGCUUAAUUAACAAAUUUUGUGGGAAAUCACAUAGAAUUUGAAACAGUAGAUUUUUCAAUUUUUUUUCAAAUAACACCCAAAAAACUGUUUGUGAAUAAAAUUACUGUUUCAAAUUUCACAUUAGUAUUUUUCGAAAUAACAGCAGCUUUGUUAAUAAUGUCGGAUAAGCUCCAGGAAAAUCUGGUUUUCUUUGAUUUUCAGCACAAAAUUUCAGUCUCAAACAAUAUUUAGAGCUUCUAAAACUUUCUAGAAAAAAAAUUCCAAAAUUUUGUAGAUCAGCUGAAAAAUGUUCCAGCAGCAUGAAUUGGUCCCAUUUUCCAAUAAAAAACCUCACUUCUUUCAGCUUGUACAUACAAUGAGUGGUCGAACCACUUCAACAACUCUAAUUCCGCUAACUUGCGCUCAAAUUCAUUUGGUUCGCGCACUUUGGCGACAAGUUUACACAAUAAAAGGGCCAACAGUUAUUGGUUGCAGUAUUUAUCAUCGAUUGUGCUUCAAAAAUUUGACUGUAAGUUUUCAGGGGGCUGAAGAAGCCUUAGGGAGGCUUUAGGAGACUUUAGGGUCUCUACACGACCCAUAACACAUAUCAAAAUAGUCCAAUUUUUUCAGGUAAAAGAGCAAAUGAAAACCGUCGAGCUCCCACCCAAAUUCACAAAUCGUGAUAAUUUCAUCAAGGCUCAUUGCAAAGCGAUGGCCGAAUUAAUUGAUCAAGUUAUUGAAAAUCUCGACAAUUUGGAUAAUGUGACAGAGGAAUUAAUGAGAAUUGGAAGAGUUCAUGCACGAUUGUUACAAGGAGAAUUGAAUGGAAAAUUGUGGAAUACGGUGGCUGAAACUAUUAUUGAUUGCACGCUGGAAUGGGGUGAUAGAAGGUUGGUUUUGGUUGAUUUGAAGUAGAAAGUUUCAGAAAUACAGAAAAUCGAGAUUUUUGUGAUUUUCAGCACCAAAUUUUCAGUCUAGGAAAGUUUUGGAACGUGAUUUGAAAUUAAAAAACUUCAAAAUACUUUGCUCUGGUUGAUAAAAACAAAUGUACUCAUUUUUAACUAACACCAAAAACAUUUCAAUUUUUAUUGAGAAAUAUUUCGCAAUUUCAGAUUUCCGAUCACAAAUAUUUCACAUGUUUUUUGUUGUUUUUUUUCAGAUGUCGAAGUGAAACAGUCAGAAAAGCGUGGGCUCUAAUCGUAGCUUUUAUGAUCGAAAAAAUCAAAGGUGGACAUCACGAACAGCGCAAAUUAAUGUUGGCAUCUCGCCAAUCUCUUCCCUCAAUAUCAAUCCCGACCACAUUUUCUCGAACUCAUUCCUAA